AAUGGAAUCCUUUUUAGACUCCCGGAUGCGAUCAGGUUGGAAACCUGGAUUCGAGCUUCAUGCCUUCGUCGUUAUGCCAUUCACUCUGCCUCACCACUAGGAGGCGUGCAGACCACUAGCUGUUGAACGUGAACCCUUGCCUCCCCACCGUUCUCUGGAAUCAUGCGUCUGCUCAAUACCCUUACCGGACGAUUCGUGGAGGUGCACGACCCGAGCAGCGCCGAAUAUGCAGUCCUCUCACACACAUGGGACCAGAACGGGGAGCAAUCCUAUCACGACGUCCGCCAGAUCCAAGGCUCUUUCUACAUUGCCAUCGAAUCCGUCGUUGCUUGGGCUUUCUUAGAGCUGUGGUGGCGAUUCCUCUUCGCACUCUCCAUUCUUCUCCAGACACCUCGCCCUCUGAAGCGUCUCUUACCACGAGCUAAAUCCCGGCCGACCAGGGAAUCCAUCAUGGUUUUACCUGGUACGUUGGCAGACAUAGGAACGUCUCACAAACAUGUGGAUGCGGCAAGCCGGCUGCGACGGGCCGCCGAGGAUAUCCGCAGCUGGAACACAUUCCGGUUCUCUCCAAGGCUCUCCAUAAAGAUCCGCAGAGCGUGCGCCGUCGCGCGAGCAUACGGCCAUCGUCUCAUAUGGAUCGACUCAUGCUGUAUCGACAAGACGAGCAGUUCGGAGCUUUCAGAGUCCAUCAAUUCGAUGUAUGCAUGGUAUCGCGACGCUACUGUCUGCUACGCCUUCCUCGCCGACGUCUCUAGUUCUGCUUCGCGCGGUUCGCUCGAUCCUCGUUCCUGGACUUCCACGGUAGCGUUCCGGAAGAGCAGGUGGUUCCGCAGAGGCUGGACCCUCCAGGAGCUGAUUGCGCCGAGGGUCGUCGUUUUCCUCUCAACGGAGUGGCAAUUCCUCGGGACGAAGUCUAGCCUGGCCGAGGUCAUCGAAGAGGUCACAGGUAUCUACGGGCCCGUGUUGCGGCAACAAAUGCCAUUGUCAGAUGUCCCUGUCGCAAAGCGGAUGUCGUGGGCAGCGAGACGCGAGACUACAAGGAAGGAGGACGAGGCCUACUCACUUCUCGGUAUCUUUGACAUAUCCAUGUCUCCGCUCUACGGAGAAGGCGCUCGUGCGUUCGUGCGUCUGCAGGAGGAGAUCAUGAAGCGCAUUCCCGACCAGACGCUCUUCGCUUGGGCUGUGUCCGACCAAGAUGCCCACUGGCUCCACUUACCUCUCUCCCCGAAGUUCAAGGAUGAAAACUCGUACGCAGUGCAACCGGUGAGGAACAACUACCCCGCAUUCUUCGCGCCAUCGCCACGGUCAUUCCGCAACUCCAGCGGUGUUAGUCCUGUGUCCCAUGACGUCUUUGUCGAACGGGCAGGAUUUGACUCUCCCCUCCCGAGCUACACUUUGACUCCUUACGGCAUUCAUACCUCCUUCCCCUUAGUUCCCGCCAACUCUUGCUUCCCACCAGGCCUACUCGACCAGCCGCUCGAAGGCUGGUACUUUGCCAUCCUUGCCUGCGAGCUCGAGGGGCGAGAAGGCAGCCUGCUGGCCGUCAUCUGCUCUGCUGAGUCCUCAGCGAGCGGGUCCACGCUCCUCAACGGCGCAUGUAUCAGCAUGGCCACCAGCCCGAAGCUCCUGCACCGCACGACGACCAUCAACUACAAUAGAGGAAGCGAACAUCGUAUCGUCAUCGUCGAUUCUACGCUCCUCCGAGAUCUCUUAACGCGCUCGCGACACCUCCCCGUCAACACGAGCAUGGCUUACGUCCCAGUCGAGAACCCGCCGCCGUCGAGCCGGGCAUGGUACGCCUGGUCGGGGACCGUGCAGCUCACGGAGUGGAGCACAACGAUCCUGCGGCAGCUCGGCUACGCCGUAUCGUGCUCUAUGGAUAAUGAUAGCUGCCACACGCUCGCUCUUGCCAAAGGUGCUACGCGUCUCAGCAUCCGGCACCGGCGCAGCAGGCCGCAGGACCCGCAAGAUCCCUUCGUUGACGUCUGGGUCUCGUCCUAUCAUCUCGCGCCGCGUCCGUCUGUCACGCUCGACCUCCGCAAGAUCCGCGAUAGCCAGGAAUACGCUUUCGAGGCGCCGUCGGGGCGGUGUGUCGUCCUGCGCUUCACGCUGUCGUACAUGUUCAUCUCGUUCUUCUUGGACGUCGAGGUGUUGGAUGAGCAACCUGCGCUACCCCGCGCGCUUACCGCUACGACGCUCUACGAUCCGGACGACGCUCCGCCAGUGUGGGCGGAUAAGAAGUAAUGGACAGGGAGCAUGUGGGACGCAUACCGCCUUUUUUUCCUCCAUCCCUCUCAUCGUCGUCGUCGCCUUCUCUUUCCCCCUCCCUUCCUUGAGGUCACUCCCUCGGGCAGCUCAGUUCAUUCCAUAGCUGAAUGACCUCAGAGAUCGUUCAUCCAGCACCGCCUUUGACGUAUUCAUGAAGUUCCGACAAGAGUGAGUCGUUCUACUUGGAACAUACUCGGCUUGCUACUACAUCGCUUCUGUCGCAAGCUAUGCACAAGGCAGGGCGAUGUAGCUGGGGUGCCCAGAUAGCGCGACUAUAGUAUUCCAGGUCGGAC